AUGUGGAAUCAUGUCAAAGGCCUUACAGAAAUACAGGUAGAUGGCAUUGAUCGGUCUUCCCUUGUCAACUGGUGCAGCCACUCCAUCAUAGAAGACCACCAGACUGGUCAGGCACAAUUUGUCCUUGAAAUGGGUCCAAUAACUGCAGUCCUUUGCCUGGUUGCUUUGAUACACCAAGCUGAUGGACAGGUGUAUCAGAGUAAACAAGUGGACACACCCCUCUUUCCACCUUUUUCCAUUAAAAACCCACUACCAAAACCAGUAAAGAAACCAAUACACAAACCAAUAUACAAACCAAUAAAGAAACCAGCACAGAUACCGCUACAGAAACCUCAGCAACCUCAGCAACCAGCCCAACAGAAAUACAAUGGUUUUGAGAUGCCAAGCAAACAACAGAUGCCUCAGCAACAAAAUAUUAUUCAGCUGAAAAACAAGCAAGUCAUCCUUAAAGAACACAAUGAAAUAAGAAGAUCUGUAGUUCCAACAGCCAGGAACAUGCUGAAGAUGGUCUGGAAUGAGAGAGCUGCUAAAAAUGCUCAGAAAUGGGCAAAGAAGUGUGAAAUGGAAAUCAGUCCAACAGAUCAGAGAGUUAUUGACGGCAUCACCUGCGGUGAGAAUAUAUUGCUCUCCUCUCAACCAAAAACAUGGGCUGAAACAAUCCAAGUCUGGAACAGUCAGGGCUCCAAUUUCAAGUAUGGCUUUGGAGCAACUACGAAGAAUGCCAAUGUCAAGAGCUACGCUCAGCUAGUGUGGUAUAACAGCUACCAGGUUGGAUGUGCAGUUGCCUACUGUCCUAGGAACCAGUACAACUACUUUUAUGUUUGCCAUUACUGUCCUCCAGGAAAUAACAUAAUGCAAGUGGCUGCACCUUACAGAAGUGGACCCAGAUGUGCAGACUGUCCCGGCCACUGUGACAAAGGGCUUUGCACCAAUCCUUGCCGGCAUCGAGAUGCAUUUCCAAACUGCAAAAAUAUGAAAACCUUGUUUGGCUGCCGCCAUUCAGUGGUGAGAGAGAAGUGUGCUGCUACCUGUAAAUGCAUCACUCAAAUAAUUUAGUAUCCUGGUGGAUGUCACUGUAGCUGCUUUGGGACUUACUUAUUAGGAAAAAGUAGAACUGACCACAAAGUGCAUUCAUGCUCGGUGUAUCAGCUCAGAUUGACCCGUAUGUAAACUUUUUUUUUAUGAAAUCGCACAUUUAUGUCAGUCCCAAAUUAGUCUAGAAGCUCAGAUAACCUCUGGUGUUAUUUUAGGCUUUAUUUUAGGCUUAUGUCAUGAUUAAGCUACUGAUGUGUUACUUUUUGGUUUUCCUUGUGGUGGAUCUUCCACUGAUUCAUUUCCUUUUAAUGGGAAAUACACUUGUAAAACAUCAAAAUAUGUUAAAUUCCACUUAACUUUCUUCUGUUACCUUUUCUUCGAUUAUAAAUGGAAUACAUUCCUGCUAAAU